GCCGUGAGGAGCGGGGCGGGCUCAGGAGCACCAUGGCGGAGCCCGAGGAGAGCGGCGAGGCUCGGAGGUACCGGGGCGGCUUCAACCCGGACACCUGGGAGCAGGAGCUGGAGGCCAUCCCCAUGUUCAUGAAGCGGUGCCCGGCCGAGAUCGACGCGGCGCGGCAGCCCGACCUGGCUUGCCUGCAGUCCCUGCUCUUCGACGAGGAGCAGGACCCCGCAGAGCUGGCCAAGAUGUACAAAAACGAGGGCAACGAGUACUUCAGGGAGAAGGACUACGGGAGGGCCGUCGUCUCCUACAGCGAGGGGCUGAAGAAGAAGUGCGAGGACGUGGAGCUGAACGCCGUGCUGCACACCAACAGGGGGGCCGCACACUUCCACCUGGGUAACUACCGUUCUGCUCUCAAUGAUGCAAUCCAAGCAAAAAAGCUGAAGCCCACCCAUCUCAAAGCAAUCAUAAGAGGAGCUCUCUGUCACAUGGAGCUAAAGAAUUUCUCUGAAGCAAUAGCAUGGUGUGAGGAGGGCUUGCGAAUAGAUUCAAAAGAGAAAAAGCUUGUGGAAAUGAGAGCUAAAGCUGACAAAUUAAAGCGAGCUGAGGAGCGGGACGCAAGGAAAGCAAAGGUGAUAGAGAAGAAAGAACAAGGUCAAAAGGAAAUUCUGCUUGCAGCAAUAAAGGAAAGAAAUAUCAAGCUGGUUCUUGAACCUUCAAAUGAUGAAGAGGAAAUAUCGGAUGGUCUGGCUGAGAUAUCUUUAGAUGGGUUCCACUCCGACAAUGCCACGGGGGCCAAGGUGCACUUAGAUGCUGAUGGCAACCUGAACUGGCCUGUCCUCUUUCUGUAUCCUGAGCACGAGCAGACAGACUUCAUUGAGGCUUUCCAUGAGAACUCCAGAUUUAUUGAUCAUUUAACGGUGAUGUUUGCUGAGUUACCUCCUUGGGAUUUAGAAAGAAAAUACCUUCCCGGCAAUCUCGAGCUCUACUUUGAAGAUGAAGAAAGGGCAGAAAUGUAUGAGCUGAACCCAGAACAGACGUUGCUACAAGCGCUGCAGCACCAAAGGUAUUUUGUGAAGGCUGGGACGCCGACAGUUUUGGCAUUUGUGAAGCGUUCUCCUUUUUCCAAGAACUACUUCACUGGCAGGAAGGUGCAUCAACUACAACAGUGAGAAUGAAACAAGGAAUCUGGUGCAAGAAACAGUUGUUUCUGUUCUGUCUCAGCUACAGAAUGCAAACUUCUGCUUGCACAAAAACACCUCGCACACUUCAGGGGAGAAAUAAUCUUGGCACGUGGGGAAACUUCCAGCAAAGAAGCAUAGAAGGAGAACGAAGGGCUUACAAGAGGGGAUUAUUUGUUUAAAUAGCAAUCCAGCUGGCUUGCAGAAGGUCUCCUCUCUGACAGGCUGCAUGGGGUUUUGAAACAAACCUGAAAUGGUGCCAAACAUUGGCUGCAGCUGAAGCAGCAGCAGCUGGGAAUGUACUUACCUGUGAAAAAUCACGGAUUUCCUUGUGAGGUGGGUUGUAGUUGCCAGGGUUUAACAGCAGUGGUCUGGGGUGAGUACCUGCCUGCUGCCACGAGCUGAACGCGGUCAGGCUCCUGCAUGGGCCGUUCUAGCUCUGAGGAUUAAGCAGCAGCUGCUUUUUUCACCGCUCAGCUCUGCUGCCAGCCUGAGUAAAUCAGAGCUCUUUGUCUGGAGCGGUGUGUUUUACCGACUUUUGCUACCUAUAUGAAAUGGAAAUAAAGGUGUCUAUUUUAAGCA